CCUGCGCACAGACACGCGGAAAGGUAGCCGGCGCGGCUGGGGGCGGGGUGGAGGCAGACCACGCCUCCAGCCGGCCGCUCCUGAGCCCGCCCCCAGGCCGCAGAGAGCCUCUCACUGGUCAGCCUGGGCCCGGCCAGGGGCGGGGAUUGGCUGAUUGGCAGAAGGUCCCGGGACGGCCAAUCUGGAAGGUUGAGUAGCUGGGGAAGGUACGGGCUGCGGAGCGGCAGAGUGUGCUCUAUGGACCAUGUGCUGCUAUGGAUGCCUGAAGCAUUUGAGUUGCAGCUUGGGAAGACGCAGACACCUAAAUGCUGGGCUGGAUUAAGUGCCUGAUGAGGAUGGUGAUUGAGCGAGUUGGGGUCAGCAUGCAGUCGGUACUUUGGUCUGGAAAACCAUAUGGUUCAUCUCGAAGUAUCGUAAGGAAAAUUGGUACCAACUUAUCUCUGAUUCAAUGUCCAAGAGUUCAGUUUCAGUACUUUGACAGGACAGGACCUUCCUCCAAGUUAACAACAAGGUCACAUAUCCCAGACUGGCCUCAAACUUUGUGUGUCUAUGAGAGUGACCUUGGAGCUCUGACCCUUGCUUCCACUUCCGUCUGCUCCUAUGUGAUGCUGGGGCCCAGGACGUCCCACAUGCUAGGCAAGUACAGACUGCUUACCAGCCAUGCAACAGAAUGGAGUCCUACCCCCGCAGGGGAGGAUGUGGUGGCGUCUUUUGCUGAUGUUGGAUGGGUAGCUACAGAAGAAGGAGAGUGCUCCACAAGACUCAGGGCAGAGGUCAGGUCCAAGUCUCCCCAUGAGGAUGACCUUUCUUGCUUUGAGAAGCCCCCGAGCAGGCAUGUUUCCUUACCAAACUUGUCUCAAGAUGAGCCUCCCCCAAAGACAACACUGGCCAGUGAGGAAGCCUUGCAAAAGAUCUCUGCACUUGAGAAUGAGCUUGCUGCCCUUAGAGCUCAGAUUGCCAAGAUUGUGACCUUGCAGGAGCAGCAGAGUCUUGGCGCAGGUCACUUAGAUUCUUCCACUGUGGCACCACCCCCUCCUCCCCCACCCCCACCCCCUCCACCUCUUCCCCCUCCGGCGCUCCACCAAAGUAUGUCUGCAGUAGACCUGAUUAAAGAGAGAAGAGAGCAAAGACUCAGUGCUGGAAAGACUUCGACUAAGAGCCACCCAAAGCCGCCGGACAUGCCAAAUAUGCUAGAGAUCCUUAAAGACAUGAACAGUGUGAAGCUCCGGUCAGUCAAGAGGUCAGAGAAAGAUGUAAAGCCUAGGCCAGUGGAUACUACUGACCCUGCUGCCCUCAUAGCAGAGGCCCUGAAAAAGAAGUUUGCUUAUCGGUAUCGACACAACAGCCAAGGGGAAGUUGAAAGAGGAAUUCCAAAGCCAGAAUCAGAGGCCACCUCAGAGCCAGCCCUGUUUGGCCCACAUAUAUUGAAGUCUACAGGGAAAAUGAAGGCUUUAAUUGAGAAUGUUCCAGACUCCUAAUGAACAAUGGGUUCAGAAAGACUCCUGGUUCACUGUUGGCUUACAGAGCUGAGUUUGGUAGUAGAGAUCACCAGUAUUUAGUAAAUCCCUGACUGUAGUGGUCAUUGGUCUCCUUCUUAGCCUAAUUAGAGGAGUGAGAAUAGUGACAGCAGCAGAGUUGGUUUGGCUCUUAUGAGACGGUCAGUUCUGGAGCUCUCCUUAACACACGUGUUAUGACAUGUUUUUAAUAGGUAGCCAGGGUUCAUCUUCCAGCCUUGAAAAUAUCUGAAGGCUUCAAAAUAUAGACAGGUCAUUUGUGGAUGUUGCUGUUCAUUUUUCAAUUCUUAACACUAAUAUCUGUGCAAAUGUUUUAUCUACACACAUUUGGAUAUAAAACAGUAUGUAAAAACUUGUAAUGAAUGGCAUCAAUGAGGAAAGUUAUCUUCAUCUUCAUCUUGAGUUUGCUGGUCAGGGAUGGAACAGCUGGUUUACCCUGUUACUAGAGUACAGUAUUGGAUAUGGGAAUGCCUCUAAUAGGACUUACAUAUGUUCUCACAUUUUCUUUUCCUCCCGGAGCUGAGUUUACAUAAGCAGCAGAAGAUGUUUACUGCUUAGUUUCCAUGAUGCUUUCUGUUAGAGGGACGUGAGGGCCAGGAAGGCUGCUUAAACCUCACUACUACCCAAUUAUUGGGUAGCAAAUGUACUUCUCAAGUAGUAACAAAUCAAAUUACUGAAUUAAAUUACUUUUUAAAUAAAAGUCAGAAUGUAUCAUCUUUCUUUUCAGUUUAAUGAAUGAGUGGCCUCAUAAAGAUGAUUUAUUGCUAACAAUUGUCUAAGUUUACUAUUGCCAUGAUUGAACACCAUGACCAAGAGCAACUUGGGGAGGAAAGGGUUUAUUUCACUCACAGCUCCAUAUACCAGUUCAUCAUCAAAAGCAGUAAGGGCAGGAACUCACGCAGGAGGCAGGAGCUGAAGCAGAGACCAUGGAGAUGUGCUGCUCACUGGCUUGCUCAACCUGCUUUCUUAUGGAACCCAGGACCACCUGUUCAGGGAUGGCAUCACCCACAAUGGGCUGGGCCCUCUUCCAUCAAUUGCUAAUGAAGACAAUGCCUUACUUACAGCAGGAUUUAUGGAGGCAUUCUCUCAGUUGAGGGUCCCUCCUUUCAGAUGACUCUAGCUUGUGUCAAGCUCACAUAGACUAGCCAGCACAAUACAAAAUGUCAGCAUAACCAAAUUUAUAAAUCUUAACUAGUGGUCAAAAUAUCCUUUAUAAUGGAUCAUUACUGACUAGGUGAAUAAAUUCCCUUUAAACUGUUUAUCAUUGGUCAGCUGAUGGAUUGUAUUAUACAGAUAAACCCGAGGUGUCAUUAGAAAGCUGAAGCUGCCUUUGUUAUCUAGGGCUUGAAAGGACUUGUUAUAAUUUAAAGUACUUAGUAAGUUUUCAUGAUUUGUAUGUAACGUCAGAAUCUCUUACCAUGAGUAAAUAUUUGGAUUAUUUAAAUCUAGCGAGUAGUGUUCUUCCCAGGAUAAUUGAGAUGGGAAGUGUAGAUAGGUAUUUUAAGUUAUUGAAAAUGUGUUCUAAAUCUUGAAGAUUAAGCUGUUUUUCAGUUUAUUUAGUUUAAAUUGUGAUAUGUUGUUGAUGUAUGUUGUUUCUAAAUGUUUUAUAUGGUUUAAAAACUGUCUUUUAUGAGAUUCAGAAAAUUCACCUGACCACAUAUUUUGACCUAAGAAAUUUAUAUUUAUAUCAGUAUUGAAUUUGGCUAGUAUUCCAACAUAUGAAAGUUACUAUUUUACAAUAAAGCAAGCUGUUGAAUUUUC